AUGUUGAACAAGAUGACCUUACAUCCACAGCAGAUAAUGAUAGGUCCUAGGUUUAACAGGGCCCUAUUUGACCCCCUGCUUGUGGUGCUGUUGGCUCUUCAGCUUCUUGUGGUGGCUGGUCUAGUGAGGGCUCAAACUUGCCCUUCUGUCUGCUCCUGCAGCAACCAGUUCAGUAAAGUGAUUUGCGUACGGAAAAACCUGAGAGACGUGCCAGACGGCAUCUCCACCAACACCCGGUUACUCAAUCUCCAUGAGAACCAGAUCCAAAUCAUUAAAGUUAAUAGCUUCAAGCAUCUGAGGCACCUAGAAAUCCUGCAGCUCAGCAGGAAUCACAUCAGAACAAUUGAAAUAGGGGCUUUCAAUGGUCUGGCCAAUCUCAACACUUUGGAACUCUUUGACAAUCGUCUGACCACUAUCCCAAAUGGGGCUUUUGUAUACCUAUCAAAACUGAAGGAACUGUGGUUGAGAAACAACCCCAUCGAGAGCAUCCCUUCUUAUGCUUUUAACAGAAUCCCUUCUCUCCGGAGGUUGGAUUUGGGGGAAUUGAAAAGGCUUUCAUAUAUCUCAGAAGGUGCCUUUGAAGGUCUGUCCAACUUGAGGUAUUUGAACCUUGCCAUGUGCAAUCUUCGAGAGAUUCCUAACCUCACCCCACUUGUAAAACUGGAUGAGUUAGAUCUUUCUGGGAAUCACCUGACUGCCAUCCGGCCAGGUUCUUUCCAAGGGUUAAUGCAUCUUCAGAAAUUGUGGAUGAUACAGUCCCAGAUUCAAGUGAUAGAAAGGAAUGCUUUCGAUAACCUUCAGUCACUGGUAGAGAUCAAUCUGGCACACAACAAUCUAACACUACUGCCUCAUGACCUGUUCACACCACUCCGCCUGGAAAGGAUCCACUUGCAUCACAAUCCUUGGAACUGCAACUGUGAUAUCCUUUGGCUCAGCUGGUGGAUUAAAGACAAGGCACCCUCCAAUACUGCAUGCUGUGCCCGUUGCCACACACCUCCCAGUUUAAAAGGAAGGUACAUUGGUGAGCUGGACCUGAAUUACUUCACAUGUUAUGCUCCAGUCAUAGUGGAGCCACCAGCAGACCUUAACGUCACAGAAGGCAUGGCUGCAGAGAUGAAAUGCCGGGCAUCAACCUCCCUGACCUCUGUAUCUUGGAUUACCCCAAAUGGAUCUGUUAUGACGCAUGGGGCGUACAGAGUUCGGAUUGCUGUGCUCAGUGAUGGCACAUUAAAUUUUACAAAGGUAACUGUGCAAGACACGGGUUUGUAUACAUGCAUGGUGAGUAACUCUGUUGGGAAUACCACAGCUUCUGCCACACUGAAUGUGACUGCCCUGGAUAACCCUGGUUACACGUACUUUUCAACCGUCACAGUAGAGACUGUGGAACCUUCUCAGGAUGAGGCACAGACCACAGAGCAGGUUGGGCCCACACCAGUUACCAACUGGGACACCACUAACAUGACAACCUCACUCACUCCACAGAGCACAAGAUCAACAGAAAAAACGUUCACCAUUCCUGUGACGGACGCAAACAACGGGAUCCCAGGAAUAGAUGAGGUUAUGAAGACUACCAAAAUCAUAAUUGGUUGUUUUGUGGCUAUCACUCUCAUGGCUGCUGUGAUGCUGGUAAUUUUCUACAAGAUGAGGAAACAGCAUCACCGGCAGAACCAUCAUGCUCCAACACGGACUGUAGAGAUCAUUAAUGUGGAUGAUGAGCUUACAGGUGACACACCCAUAGAGAGUCACUUGCCCAUGCCAGCAAUAGAGCAUGAGCACCUAAAUCACUAUAACUCUUAUAAGUCUCCUUUCAACCACACAACAACAGUUAACACAAUAAAUUCAAUACACAGUUCAGUGCAUGAACCGUUAUUGAUCCGAAUGAACUCAAAAGACAAUGUACAAGAGACUCAAAUCUAA